AGUUGCAGGAGGAAUGCAAGGGAAGGGCAGGGAAGGGGUUAGGCUGCGCCGGCUGAAAAGCGCCGCCUGCCUGCAGAAGGGGCGUCAGUCAGCGCUGCCGGGCGAGGAGUUGGGAAGGCGCUGCGGGAGAGGCUCGGCGUCCGCGGAUACUUCUUUAAGGGAGCUGGGUGGGGUGGAGAAAAAAGAAGAUAAAUUGCAAUCUACAUAUUUUCAGCCACCUUUUCCCCAGUUUUGUUCCAAACCUGGGGGGAACUGCCCGCUUUUCACUCGCAGAAGUUGCAUAAAUAUAUUGCUUCUCCUUUGCACCGUCGUGGGAACCUGAGCAACCAUGCCUGUCUUCCACACCCGCACGAUCGAGAGUAUCCUGGAGCCGGUGGCGCAGCAGAUCUCCCACCUGGUCAUCAUGCACGAAGAGGGCGAGGUGGACGGCAAGGCCAUCCCGGAUCUCACCGCUCCCGUGGCCGCCGUGCAAGCCGCCGUGAGCAACCUGGUCCGGGUUGGAAAAGAAACGGUACAGACAACUGAAGACCAGAUUUUGAAGAGAGACAUGCCUCCUGCGUUCAUUAAGGUGGAAAAUGCUUGCACAAAGCUUGUACAGGCUGCGCAGAUGCUCCAAACGGACCCUUACUCUGUACCUGCUCGUGAUUACCUCAUUGACGGAUCAAGAGGCAUCCUUUCUGGGACAUCGGACUUGCUUCUGACAUUUGAUGAGGCCGAGGUCCGUAAAAUCAUUCGUGUCUGCAAAGGAAUUCUGGAAUACCUAACAGUGGCAGAGGUGGUGGAAACUAUGGAGGACUUGGUCACCUACACAAAGAACCUAGGGCCAGGGAUGACCAAGAUGGCCAAAAUGAUUGAUGAGCGGCAGCAAGAGUUGACUCACCAGGAACACAGAGUCAUGUUGGUGAACUCCAUGAACACCGUGAAGGAGCUACUGCCGGUUCUUAUUUCUGCUAUGAAGAUUUUUGUAACGACGAAAAAUUCCAAAAGCCAAGGAAUAGAGGAGGCCUUGAAAAACCGCAACUUUACAGUGGAGAAGAUGAGUGGUGAAAUAAAUGAAAUCAUCCGUGUUCUGCAACUCACGUCCUGGGAUGAAGAUGCUUGGGCUAGCAAGGAUACAGAAGCUAUGAAGAGAGCAUUGGCCUUAAUAGAUUCCAAGUUGAACCAAGCCAAGGGCUGGCUUAGAGACCCCAACGCUCCAGCAGGAGACUCUGGCGAGCAAGCCAUAAGGCAGAUCCUGGAUGAAGCAGGAAAAGUUGGAGAGCUCUGUGCAGGCAAAGAACGCAGAGAGAUUCUAGGAACAUGUAAAAUGCUUGGCCAAUUGACUGACCAAGUGGCUGAUCUUCGAGCUAGAGGACAAGGUGCUACACCGCUGGCCUUGCAGAAGGCUCAGCAAGUGUCCCAAGGCUUGGAUUUGCUCACAGCAAAAGUGGAAAACGCAGCUCGCAAGCUGGAGGCUAUGACCAACUCUAAGCAGGCAAUUGCAAAGAAAAUCGAUGCCGCUCAGAGCUGGCUGGCAGAUCCUCAUGGCGGAAGCGAAGGAGAGGAACACAUUCGAGGCAUUAUGGCUGAAGGCAGGAAAAUUGCAGAGCUCUGCGACGACCCCAAAGAGCGAGAUGACAUUUUGCGGUCCCUCGGAGAAAUCUCGGCGCUGACUGCUAAGUUGUCGGACCUCCGGAAACAUGGGAAGGGGGAUUCUCCCGAAGCCCGUGCAUUAGCAAAGCAAAUAGCGACAUCGCUGCAGAAUUUGCAGUCUAAAACCAACAGGGCUGUUGCAAACAGCAGACCUGCCAAGGCUGCUGUCCAUCUAGAAGGGAAGAUUGAGCAAGCUCAGAGAUGGAUAGACAACCCUACAGUUGAUGACCGUGGAGUAGGUCAGGCUGCCAUCCGGGGUCUUGUGGCCGAAGGUCGCCGUCUUGCCAAUGUCAUGCUGGGACCUUAUCGCCAGGACCUGCUUGCCAAAUGUGACCGUGUGGAACAGCUGGCUGCCCAGUUAGCUGACCUGGCAGCCCGAGGCGAAGGGGAAUCUCCGCAAGCCAAGGCAGUUGCUGCUCAGCUGCAGGACUCGUUGAAGGAUCUUAAAUCAAGGAUGCAAGAAGCCAUGACCCAGGAAGUAUCUGAUGUGUUCAGCGACACGACGACGCCAAUUAAACUUUUGGCAGUAGCGGCUACUGCUCCUCCAGACGCCCCCAACAGGGACGAGGUGUUUGAUGACAGGGCAGCCAAUUUUGAAAACCAUGCUGCCAGGCUUGGAGCGACUGCAGAAAAGGCAGCUGCAGUUGGAACAGCCAACAAAACUACUGUCGAAUGCAUACAAGCAACUGUGAAGUCCGCAAGAGAGCUCACCCCUCAGGUAGUAUCUGCCGCUCGCAUCCUUCUAAGGAAUCCUGGAAAUCAAGCUGCUUAUGAGCACUUUGAGACCAUGAAGAACCAGUGGAUUGAUAAUGUGGAAAAAAUGACAGGGAUGGUGGAUGAAGCAAUUGAUACCAAGUCUCUGUUGGACGCUUCCGAGGAGGCCAUUAAGAAAGACCUGGACAAGUGCAAAGUCGCGAUGGCCAACAUUCAGCCGCAGAUGCUUGUCGCUGGGGCCACUAGCAUUGCCCGGCGAGCAAACCGGAUUUUGUUAGUGGCAAAGAAGGAGGUGGAAAACUCAGAGGACCCCAAGUUUCGGGAAGCUGUGAAAGCUGCCUCUGAUGACCUGAGCAAAACCAUUUCGCCAAUGGUGAUGGAUGCUAAAGCUGUGGCAGGCAACAUUUCUGAUCCCGGUUUGCAGAAGAAUUUCCUUGAUUCCGGCUACAGGAUCCUGGGAGCUGUGGCCAAAGUCCGAGAAGCUUUCCAGCCCCAGGAACCCGACUUCCCCCCUCCGCCUCCUGAUCUUGAGCAACUUCACCUUACGGAUGAACUUGCUCCUCCCAAGCCGCCGCUGCCAGAGGGCGAGGUUCCUCCCCCCAGGCCCCCUCCUCCCGAAGAGAAGGAUGAAGAGUUCCCAGAGCAGAAGGCUGGGGAGGUGCUCAACCAGCCCAUGAUGAUGGCUGCCAGGCAGCUCCACGAUGAAGCCAGAAAGUGGUCCAGCAAGCCUGAUGUGACUGAUGAGGUUAAGGAAGCCCCUGAGGCUGGUGUAGAUGUAGAUCAGGAGGAGGAGGAGGAGGAGGAGGAAGCAGAUGUUGAAUUCACUCUCCCCUCUGACAUUGAAGAUGAUUACGAGCCUGAGCUGCUGUUAAUGCCAACCAACCAGCCCGUUAACCAGCCCAUUCUGGCCGCUGCUCAGUCUCUGCACCGGGAAGCCACCAAGUGGUCUAGUAAGGGCAACGACAUCAUCGCCGCCGCCAAGCGGAUGGCCCUCCUCAUGGCCGAGAUGUCGCGCUUGGUAAGAGGCGGCAGCGGGAACAAGAGGGCUCUCAUCCAGUGUGCCAAGGAUAUCGCGAAAGCUUCCGACGAAGUGACCAAGCUGGCCAAGGAAGUAGCGAAGCAGUGCACUGACAAGCGUAUCAGGACAAACCUUUUGCAGGUCUGCGAGCGAAUCCCAACCAUCAGCACGCAACUCAAAAUCCUCUCCACUGUCAAAGCCACCAUGUUGGGCCGCACUAACAUCAGCGAUGAGGAGUCUGAACAGGCCACAGAGAUGUUGGUUCACAACGCCCAGAACCUUAUGCAAUCUGUCAAGGAAACAGUUCGGGAAGCUGAGGCCGCCUCCAUAAAAAUAAGAACAGAUGCUGGAUUCACUCUACGCUGGGUCAGGAAAACUCCUUGGUACCAGUAGAGCGUUGCCUUUCCCCUAAGCAUUUUUUAAAAGUAGAAAACCCCCUUGUUGGAGCAAAGAGAAUUCUGUAAACAGCCAAAAGGUGCUUGAGCGAUUAAAACUAGCCCCCUCCCCUGGAACUCCCUCUCUUAAGGGCUUUCAUAAGUGUGCUGAGCUACCUUUGGUAUCUAACCUCACCACAAUUAGCUUUCACAACAACAAGCUUUCCUCUCUUUGCUUUUGAGGGUUUUUUAUAUCUCCCGUUUUCAUGAACUCUGUAACCUCAGUUCCCCCCUCCUUGUUCUGCAGCAUAUAUUCCAGUGGUUUUCUGGGAGAGGCAGUAUAUGCAGGUUUCACUUUAGCAUGGAUGAAAACUCUGGGAAGCUGGUUUGCUUAGCUGUUUAUUGUGAGGGACAAUCAGAAGACAGAACAGUCCAGCACUUCAGUUUUCUGCUCCCUUUCCUCUAACUUUUUUGAAACUGGUGUGUUACCGAGUUUGUUUCAUUUCUUUCAAAAGUUUUCCCUUGCUCUAAGGGAAGAGGUGCUGUGUUCAAAAGCUGCUGCUCUUUGUUCUACCCAAUAGUGAUCUCAAGACAUCAAAAUCUGGGAGUAGCUGCCACUAGUCAGUCGAACACCUUAUGGUGAUGAAACUGACCACAAAUAACUGUUCGGGGCAUUUAAUUGAGAGGGAGCAGGGAGAGAUUAUGCAGCAUCCCUUAUUCUUUGGUCAGGAACAAAACAGCUGGGAGAGUUUUAAAUUAUAUUUCAGCCUGUUCCCACUGGCAUGAGGCUAUGUCUUGCUUGUCCUCCCUGUCCUUU